AACCAGCAACCACAACUCACUCUACUGUCGUUUGGGUCAACUUCUGUCGGUUUAGAGAUGCCGAGUCUGCAAGAGAAGGCUUCUGAGUGGAGCGGGGUUGCCGCCGCCGACGCUUCCGCCAUAGACAACGCCGAUCUCUUCAACAAACUCGGCCUCCAAACCUUCAUUAAUCUCUCCACUAAUUUUUACAACAGAGUGUACGAUGACGAGGAAGAAUGGUUUCGUUUAAUAUUUGCCAAUUCUGAGAAAGAAAACGCCAUUCAAAACCAAUACCAGUUCUUCGUGCAAAGAAUGGGUGGUCCUCCUCUAUAUUCUCAGAGAAGAGGGCAUCCUGCUCUAAUUGCUCGACAUCGACCAUUUCCGGUGACGCAUCAAGCUGCAGAGAGAUGGUUACAUCACAUGCAACAAGCAUUGGACAGUACCCCAGAUAUAGAUGAUGACUCUAAGACCAAAAUGGUGAACUUUUUCAGGCACACUGCAUAUUUUUUGGUGGCUGGAGAUGAGCUAAAGAAUCAAAACCAACCAACUGGAUGCAAACACUGCAGCCACCACCACCACAAGUGAUGAUUCAUGAUUUAUAAAACUCUUUUAAUUUUCAUUUUGUCAUUGCCUAAAUAUCCUUCACUCCUUGAUCAUUCGUAAAACUUUGCAUCAAAGAAAUUUGUAUUGUCUUAAGUAUUGGGGAGAUGAAAAAGGAUGUCACAUCACACGCAGAUGCUAACUUUGAAGCCAGAAAAUUCUGCUGUUAAGACGAGGUUGAUGAUUGUAAGCUUAAUCGAUUAAAGAGAAUUGAAAUAGGUUAAACAU